UAUAAGUUUUUUAUUGGAAGGAAUAAUUCUUCAGACAUUUCAGUGUCCAAUACUGUUAUUAAUUCCGACAAUGUAACGUAAAACUUGAAAAGUACUUGGUUCAGAAAAAAAAAGAUAACCAAAAGUUUGCCAAGAUAUAAUUAACCAAAAUUUUGUAGGAUUUUGAAAUAUUUUUUCUUAGAAAUAAAUACUCACCAUGCUGAAGUCCUAACGAAAAUUACCUGAAUGUUUUAUUUGACAUAAAUAUUGGAGUUAUCAUUUUGAAAUCCUUAGUACUUUCAUAUAAUUUUAAUAAAUUUAUAGGUUUCAAAUGAGACUGGAUGAUAAAUCACAAUUAUUAUUUUUUGCCAACGAUAAAUCACAAUUUUAGUUUAACCUUUUAUUUAAUCCUACAUUUUUAUCAGCAUAGAUAAUAUAUUCAAAACUAAUAGCUAAAUAAUAUUGCUGAUUUAUUUUUCCUACUAACCAGAUAUUUUUUCAAUAGGAGAUAACCUUUCAACUUCAAUGCUACUUAACCCGUGAUCACGUAAAUGAUGUAGAGCAUGACGCAUCACUAAUGCAAUGCAAUAACUUCAGAGUUCAUGAUCUAACUAAACGUCAUUUACCGUUUCGCUCUUCCAUUAUAAAAGAAACCAACAAAAAAACUCUUCACCAUUGUGUACUCUCAUUGUUAGAAACAAAAGUAUGAGCAACAUCAAACAAUUUUUCUUAGCCAUUUACAUCUCUCUAGUCUUAACAUGUCAAGAUCGUGUCGUAGCCAGGAGCGCCACCAUGAGAGACAUCAUAGGCCCCAAGAUUUCUAAUUGGCAAGUCAUGGUAGUCAACGGUUUAGCUACGUCUGAAACUCUCUUCAUCCAUUGCAAAUCUAAAGAAGACGAUUUAGGAGAACAUACUCUGCGUCUUGGAGAUAGGUUUUCAUGGAAUUUUGGAGAAAACAUGCUUCACUCAACUUUGUUUUGGUGCUACUUGAGUAAAGAUGAUGGUCAUAUGAAUGUGCAAGUGUUUUGGGAUGAUGUAAUCUUAUUCCAUAGAUGUGGUUGGAAGAAGUGCGUUUGGACUGCGAAAACUGAUGGGCUUUAUCUUUGGAACUUUGCGAAUGGUCAAGACUUGUUGUUAGAGAAAUGGGAAGCUGGAUGGUGAUUUUUUCUUCUUAAUGUUUAGUUUUAUGGAGAAACAAAACUAAUUCAAGAUGUUUUUUUCUCUCUCACAAAAUUCUCUUCAUUUUGUACUUUUUCCAUCAUAAAUUUCCGUUUUGUUUGUUAGUAUAUAGUUAUAUAUUACAUAGACAAACCGGUUAGUUUAUCGAUUAAUAUUGUGUGAUCAACUUAGAAACAAUUAAAAUAUAAAUAAAUUAUUAGAUCUUCUCUCUAUUGCUCAAAAAUCCCAAUAUAUAAUUCAUGAAUCAUCAUCCCCCUUCAACAUGUCGAAAUCCAACAUGUAUUAUUCAUGAUCGUUAUAGCAUGUGGUACAGCUUCGGUUUAUGUUCGAUAUUCAAAUAUAUGCAUUUUGUAAGACUUUAGUUUUGGUUUGGAUUUAGUUUGGUUUUUAAAAACAGAGGAGUCCUUUAAGGAAAAAACUUGGGUUCGCCUUUUAACAAGAAGAGAACGUGAUCUUUUGACUCAUCUUUUAGGUUUUCAGCUUCACAUCAAUUUCCAAUUCACAUAUGAAGAAGAUAAUGUGAUAUUUGAUUACUAAUCCUACGACAUAUUGGUAUAUCUCAUCAUCAAUUCCCAAUAUAUCAUCAUGAAAUAAAUCCUAAACUAAACCCUUAGAUUCUAAAUCCAAAUCAGACUCUAAAUCUAAAUUUAUGAUUUAAAUUUAGGAUCUAGAAUUUGGGUUUAUGGUUUGGGUUUAGGGUCUAAAAUUUGGGUUUAGGGUAUAUGAUUUGAGUUUAGUGUCUAGAAUUUGGGUUUAUGGUUUAGGUUUAAGGUUUACGGUUUGGCUUUAGUGUCUAAGAUUUGGGUUUAGGGUAUAGUGUUUAGGUUUAUAGUCUAGUUUUUGGGUUUAGCGUAUAUUAUUUGGGUUUAGGGUCUAGGAUUAGGGUUUAGGGUAUAGGGUUUGAGUUUAGGAGUUUGGAUUUGAGUUUAAAAUUUAGGAUAUAUGGUUUAGAAUUUAAAAUUUAGGGUUUAGGGUUUAGCUGAAAGCGUUAGCGUCGUUAAAAUUAACAUUUUUAUUUUUUGUAGUUAUUUUUUAUUUAAUUUAUUGUUUUUUAAUUAAUAACUAGAUUUUGACCCGCCCUUUAAAGGGCGGGUAUAUCUUUUGUUUCAAUUUUUCUGUAUUAUUUCAAGAAAUUUAGUUUUAGAUACAACCGAAAAACUAUAAUCAUAAUUUAAAAUAAGUUUGUGGCUCCAGAGUUUUGUACACAAACCCAUUAAAGCGGCAACGGUAAUCCAAAAUGCUUGAAAUACUGGAGAUAUUUGAAAUAUUUAUUGGGGUUUUAAC